AGACAUCGUAUUUGGCGGAGAUUAGCAAAGAAAGCACGACGUAAACGAAUUCGGCAGGCUUUAGCUAAAGAACGUGAUGCUAAAGAAGCUGAGGAACAAAAGAGAUUAGAACAAUCUCCAAUCUAUAUUCAACAUUUAAAAGAAUUGGAAGCAAUCGAACAAUGGGAACAGUUGGAACAAGAAAGACAAUCAGAAAUAGAACAUCAAAAAUGGUUAGAACGAGAACGGGAAGCACAAAUACAAUGGGAAGAAUUACAAAAAAAAUUAGAAAAUGCACGAAGCGAAAGAGAGCGACAAGAUCGAAUUAUUCGUGAAGAAUGGGAAAAAGAACAAAAAUUAAUUGCAGAGAAAAAACGUGAGAAAGAAGCUUUAUUAGAAGCUACACAACAGAAACAAAAAGAAUUGGAAAAACAAAUUGAAGAUUUUAUUGAAAAUGAUGGUGCAUUACCUGAAAGUUUAACCGUAAAUUUUGAGACAAAUCCGACGAAGGAAAUUUGUCCAUUUUUUAAGAAGACGGGAGUAUGUCGUUUUAGCGAUACUUGUUCACGAAAUCAUAUUAAACCAGGUGUCAGUAGAAUACUAUUAAUAAACAGUUUCUAUUCACAUUUCGGAAUGGAACAAUCAAAUCAAAAUGAAUACGAUGCUGAUAUUAGUUUAGAAUUCGACGAUGACGAUACUUAUGCACAUUUCACAGAGUUUUAUUCCGAUGUUUAUCCAGAAUUUGCAAAAUGUGGUCCUAUUAUUACUUUUCGUGUGUGUAAAAAUUUUGAGCAACAUUUACGCGGUAAUGUUUACGUGGAAUUUGAACAUUUACAAAGUGCAUUAAAAGCGUAUCGUAUGUUUCAUGGACGUUGGUAUGGUGGAAAACAAUUAACUGUUGAAUUUACAUCAAUUCCGAGUUGGACAGCAGCUAUUUGUGGAUUAUUUUUCAAAAAUAAAUGCCCCAAAGGUCGAAAUUGUAAUUUUUUACAUGUGUUCUUAAAUCCUGGGGAACGUUUUAAGAAGUUUGAUUUUAAUAAUCGAAAUAAUUUUGAGAGUAAUAUUACAGCUCCACGAACCUUAAGCCAUUGUCGAUGGUCCGAAUCACCAGAAAUGGAAAUAGAACACCAUAGAACAGUUAAAAGUAAAAAACGCCAUCGAUCACGUGAAAGAAAUCGUCAUUCCACAGAACGAUCAAGACAUUCGACGGAACGUAGUGAACGUGAUUAUCAAAGACGUAAAUCAAAAAAAUAUCGAAAUCAUAGUCGAAGUCGUAGCAGAAGCCGAAGUCGUAGUAGAAGUAGAAGUCACAGCCCAAAAUCACGAAACGAUCGAAAUAAGAAGAAAAGAUGACUUACUUUUUCAUUUUGUAUAUAUUUUUUGUAUUGAUAAUUCUUUUAAUUAAAAAUAUUUUUUCAUUA